ACCUCACUCUAUCACUCAUUCUCGUGACAGACGGUUGAAGGGUUCGUUUUUCACGCCAUACAUAGAACUAAAACAUCAUGUGCAAAUAAAAUUAGCGGAUUGAUUAAAAAGUUAUUUGGCAUUGGAUUUACGAAUACUGGAAUUACUAAAACUGCAUCAGUUACUACUGUUAUAAUCACCGUUGUAUAGUGAUGAGUAAUCUUACAAUAACUCACAGUAAUAUGUUAAAAAGUUCAAUUGCAAAAAAUGAACAGAUUACCGUCUGUACUGAGAAUAAUGAAAAUUCUGCAAAUACAAGUCAAAUAUCCCCGAGUUCUAGUUGUUAUAGCGGUAUCAGAUAUAAUAUGCUCCCAGUUAAUACAUACAAAUGUCAGUCAAAUGUUCAGCAGUUUUGUGGAGCUUCAAUGAAUAAAUCAGAUGAAUACAGUUCAAUGUAUACACUUUCUGAAGACAAAUAUACGUUUGAGACAAUGUCCAGUUCACUGGACAAAACACGAUCAACAAAUGAUUGCAUGACAGAAUCACAAAAUGGUUAUGAUUUAUCGACGCUGUCUAAUUUUUCUGAAGAUAAUGUGAGUAAAAUGCAGUCAUUAAUUCAACGUCAGACCGAAACUGUUGAGCGCUUAAAACAGCUAAACACGGAUUUGUUGAAAUUAUUACACGAGGAAUGGGUAAGUUAAUGUUCCCAACCUUCACAUUUUAACAGCUUCUUGUUUAGGUACGUUUUAGCACAAUAAGCAGUAAAUCUCACAGAUAUGUGAUUGUUUUUGGUGAUAUUUGACAUAAUUGUAGCAAAUGUAUAUAUCAUUACAAGAUUAUACACCCAUUUUAAACUAUUGCUCUCUGAAGUUCUAGGGCUAAGUGGAAUAUAACCACUCAAAAAUGGUUACAUUUAAGUUUCAGACAAUGGUAUUCGCAUAAUGUUAAUUAGCUAUCAAGUUACAUCGUUAAACAUUGAGUUUGCGUUUACUAAAGCAUAUCAUAUGUUCACUCAUGUGCACUCAAGUGUCCAACCACUUAUAUGCAUUCCAUGUUUUUGGUCUGACAAACUAUGGUAAUAAACAGGAACUUUCAACAAAUACAAUGUGAUAACUUGCAGAUUUAGACUUUUCUUUUUACUUGUUUUGACGUUAGACGAUAAGUGUGCUAAUCCAGUUAUCAUACGCAAAUCUUUUAGUCAGUGCUUUGUGAUCAUUUGGUUUAUAAUGACUUGUACAUUGAUGCUUAGAUCCACGAAUUCAUGAAAUGCCGAUUAAUAUAUAUAUAUAUAUACUCAACAUUGUAUAUUUAUAUAUUUUACAGUCGAUUACCGGAACUGUACCACCUGGUUAUGAAUCCUUAUGCAUUGAACUUGGUAUUUGCAAUAAACCCUUGAAAAAUACAUCAUAUCCUUUAUCACAUCUAUUAGUACACAAAGUCAGUACGGUAAGCACGAAAGCAGAAUAUUAUGAAUAUCUACAAAACAAAAGAAAAUUCUCACCGCUGAUUAAUAUGAUGUCUACAAGAAGAUCAUCAAUACGUUCACGGGCAAGUAAAAUUGAAAGAGUAAUCGAUGACUGCUUACUGCCAAAUGAUGAAGUUACUGGAAAUUAUCACAGUAAAGCUAGACGUUUAGUGGAAGCAUUUGGACGCAGUAUUAGUACAGAAUUAUUUCCAAAUAAACAGUUAAACAAUUUAACUGGUUCUCUUGAUACAUGUUCUAAUUUGAAUUCAUCUACACACGAUUAUAAUACAGUGAGCUUUCCGUUAAAUAAACGUGAAUAUCGUAAAGAUACAAAAACUGAGAAUUCAUUGACUUCGUUAGAAUGUUAUCGUGUGAAGCAUAUGACUAUGAGUACAUCGAUAUCUGAUUAUAGUUCAUUUCUAUCAACUGACUAUUCGCCAACAGCAGUUUCAUUAGGUCGUGAUUACCAAUCACUAAAGAAUGCAAAAAAUAAAAAUGAAGCACGUGUUUUAUUAUCGGAUUUAAAGAGUAAUUCAUCAACAAAUAUUAACGCUAAUUUUUAUAACAAUAACGAAAAUAUUCAUAACACAAAUUACGCCAGUGACAGUGAUGAUGAUAAUACCAAUUGCAGUAUGAAGUUCAACUAUUCAAUAAAUAAGGAAAUCGUUGAAAGUGAAGGACAGCAUUUACAGUUAAAUUUACGAUCAUCAAAUGAUUCGUAUGAAAAUGUAGAAGAUAUCAGACGCGCUACCUACGAAAUUGAAUUAAAACGCCUUGAAGUUGACUUUGCUGUUAUCUCGCAAUUAUACUCCGUACAUAAACAAAGAGCAAAGGAGACAAAAUGUGAAUCUUACAAAAUUGCUUACAAAUCCAAUUCUAAAAAGCUAAAGGAUAUAACUCAACAGAUAAAUCAUAUCAAAACUGUAUUAUUAUCGAACGACGAGAAAAGUGAAAGUCAAACAACUACCUCCUCAACUCAGAAACUGAUACAGAAACAAGCAUUCAGACGUCGAAAAACAUGGAACCCUCUGAAACUGAGUACUUCUAAUAGGAAAGCUAAUGAAAUUACAUCACAUAGGCUAUCAAAACAUGAAACAAUAAAUUGCCAUGGUUAUUCUUCACCAAUGAUAACAAAUACUGCUAACAAAUUUUCCAAUAUACCUACAAAACCUGAUCCAGACUGUUUUACAGGACAAAAGACAGCUACAGUUACCAGAAAGAGAUUACAGAACAUUUCUGCACGUCGCACAUCUAUCCUCCCGAUAGGUAGUUAUCAUUCAUUGCGAAAAUCUUUAGAUUGUCAUGAAGAUUUAUCACAAAAGUUAGAAUGCAGAUUUCCUGAAUCUAGUAAAUGUUUUUCGACAAGGGAUACAUUCCCUACAAAUCCAGAAUCCAAUCCUCCGAAUCCAAUCGACAGAACGCCAUCAAAAAAGGAUGCAUGUUGUGAACAAAGAGCCACAGUGAUUCCGUUUGAAAGAAGUACUGACAUAAGUGCACAUGAAAGCAAUUAUCUUCAUUCAGUGAAUUCAGCAACAGUAGAUCCCUUGAAGCUCACUUCUUUUGAUGAAACAGAAACAUCAGCAACUAAGAUUCCUGAUGCUGUUCGCAUAGUUACUCGACAUCGAGAAGGAAAAUAUACUGUUAAUACUCGUAAACGAUCUCAAUCACUAUCAUCAGAAUUGUUGAUUCUUUCUGUUGACGACACAUUCAGCCUACCUCGUGGUUUACUGAACAAAAUUGCGCGAGUUCGCUCUCUUCCCCAUUUCAAUUCUGAAAGAGUCUUUUCUAGUAACUGCUUACCUGGUCAAAAUAAAAUGAAAAAAUGUACAGUACCUGAAAGCUACUCUGUUGACGGAAAGCUGAAAAAUUUCAAGAUAAAGCCAACAAGUGUGACCAUACAGUCAUCUGGUAUUGGUCUAAACAACUCCUCUGCAUCUGUACCAUACACCGAUAGCUUAAGAAUGUCUAAUCCUGACUGCCUUAAGUGUAUGCCAAAGAAAACCACUUCAUCUAAUACUUCCUCAUCUAACUGGUCAACAUCUGGGUGUUCGUGUUUAUCUUCCCAAACAACAAAUUCAUCACCAUACAAAGAGGUGGUCUCUACACCAAAUGCAAGUUUUAAUGGAAAAGAAAAUCAGGCUACAUAUCGUCAGUUAGAUGAAGUCAGUCUAACUUUCUUGGAUGAAUAUAGUGAUACACCCUCAGCGCACAUUUCAGAGAAAACUUCACAAAUGAAAGUUUCAUUACGAAGUACAAACGAAAGAGGGAGAAGACUACCUAUCCCUCUUAUGGAAGUUACAAAUACACAACCUUUUGGGGUAUUGGUUUCUGCUAGGUGUAUCUGCAGUUGUUUAUCAGAAAAUGGACAAACUAAAUUAUCAGUCUGCCAGUGCUCGCACUCUGAAAACGUAAUCGUAAACGAUCUUCCGUUGUACACAGCUACAGAAUUACCUGAAUCAUGUUCUCAUAACGAAAAUGACCGAGAAUUUUUGCUAUCAUCUGUCUAUUAUAGUGAUGCAACUCAGUCAGUAAACCUUGAAAGUGAUGAAAGACUUCAUUCCCAAACAAUUUCAAAUUUAUGUCUUUCACCGAAACCGAACAGUCAUGAGAGAUACCAGAGAAAUGACAGCCAAUUAUCUUUUCGAACUCCUACCAAUGCCGAUUCUACUCAGUCUAAAAAAUUAUCUACUUUGAAGCGCUCAAACAGUGGCUUGAAGGGAAGAUUAAGUCUAAAGCCAUUUUCUCUGAUCAAACGUGCAGUUUCAAAAGUCGCAACAAAUUCUAUACGGCGUUCCCUUAACUCAGAUUCACCGUUCAUUGUACACCAGAAAACAAAACACACUGUAGGACCAACAAUACUUCCUUCUCUAAUUACAGAAAGGCGAAUGGAUAUGAAAUCAACUAAAGAAGUAAUGAAAGCAUGAGUAGAUGUAGAAAAACUAAAGAUUCAGUUAAUGUUGCCCAGGAUUCUUUUAGUUCACCUUCAAAUUCAAUUUUCGAUCCUAAUAAUAACGCGAAUACAAGUCGUUUUACAUGGGCGAGAAAACUUCGAUAUUCAAUCCGUCCAUCAAAUUCUAUUCACAAUAAAUGUACAAAUUAAAUGAUGCAUUGUUUAUUACUUGGUUAAAUCUUUUUUCUAUUCACUCUUACCUGUGAUCAGAUGUUUCACUCAUUCCUGCUGUUAUUAGUCCUGAUAAUACGACAAUAACUGUAUAGAUUUUAUAGACUUUCAUUUUCAUUCUUGAUUACAUUCGCAUUUAAUUCAUAUAUCGGUUAUUUGAUAAUCACCGUCUGAAUAUCAGGUAUUACUCUAAUUAUCCUGUCACUGAAUCUAACGAGUUUUUGAUUUCCUCUAGCAAUUUUUGCAUAGACAUAUACAACAAGAAUAUUUACACCAUAUUAUACCACUGUGGAAGAAUUGAUUUGAUUUGAGUUUAUAAUUAUUAAUCUUAAUCAUUUUAUAUUUUGAUUUACUUCUAUUACUUUUUUCUAACUAAAUUAAACAAAGAAAUGAC